GAUUUUUCAGAUAUGUGGCAGUGUACUUCUCCAUCUUACAUUUCCGAUACCGAGCUGGCAUUGUUACAGAUGAAAUGCUUUCCAUGCCAAAAGCUCCACUUCUUGUUGUUGGUCUCUUAGAAGCUCUUGGUGCUGUUUGUGGAAUGGCAGCCGGAGCCGUUCUUUCAGGAGCAGCGAUUCCAAUUUUGUCACAGAGCUUUCUCGUUUGGCAAAUCAUCUUGUCAUGUAUUUUUCUUAAAAGGAGAUAUAAAUUCAAUCAGUUAUUUGGAUGCUUUCUUGUUGCCCUUGGUGUCGUUAUUACAGUUGCCAGUGGAUCUAGUGCUGGUUCAUUAAUGGAAGCUGGUAUAUUUUGGAGUCUUUUAAUGAUUGUUUCCUUUUUAUUUCAAGCUGGUGACACCAUUCUAAAGGAAGUCAUUUUCUUGGAUGCGACUAAAAAGUUAAAGGGAGGCUCUGUGGAUCUAUUUGUUUUAAAUUCAUAUGGAUCUGCAUUCCAGGCGCUUUUUAUUUGCCUUCUCCUACCAUUGUUGUCAAGGUUAUGGGGUAUUCCUUUUCAUCAACUCCCAAACUAUCUUUCAGAUGGAGCAGCUUGUUUUCUAAACAUUGGCACAGUAUCAAGUGGAUGUGAGGGAGCUCCACUACUACCAUUGCUGUUUUGUAUAGUGAAUAUGGGGUACAACAUAUCAUUGUUGCAUCUAAUAAAAAUCUCAUCUGCAGUUGUAUCUUCUCUUGCCUCAACAGUUUCGGUUCCAAUAUCUGUGUUUUUGUUCACGUUGCCAUUACCAUAUUUGGGGGUGGCGUCUUCCCUCCCACCGGGGUUUAUAGGAGGUGCAGUUGUCCUUGUGAUGGGCAUGUUGAUUUAUGCAUGGACACCAUCCACACGUGCUCCAAUUCCAUCACCUUUCACUACCUCAUGAUCAUUACAAAGUUUGUAGCAUAGAAAUUCGUAGAUUGUUGUUGUUGUUGUCAUAAAUCGGCCAA